AUGAUUAGAAUAAAUAAAAUAAGUAAAAUUAAUAGAAUAUUCAUUAGAUUUCAAUCUAGAUCAGCUAAAUCAUUGAUAAAUCAAAAAACAGAAUCAUUAGGUACUCAAAAUAGACCAGAAGCAUCACAAUUAAAUAAAAAAAGUUUACAAAAUAAUCAAUAUGUCAAACAAGCUCCAAAUCAUGAUUUAACAUGGUCAAAAUCACAACAAGGCAGACUAGAUGUUAUUGAUAAAUAUCCGACAAGAUUUAUUCAAAAAGAUUUAGAAUUACAACCAAGACCAUAUGCAGCAAUAGAUUUAAUUGCGAAAGAACCAAUAAGAUAUUUGAAUCAUGAUGAAGGUAAUAUUGCAGUUUGUGAUGGUAAUAGAGGAUCAACAUUACAAGGACAUCCAAAAGUUUUCAUUAAUUUAGAUCAACCAAGAGCGUCCACUUGUGGAUAUUGUGGAUUAAGAUAUGCAAAAGAAGAAUAUAAAGAGUUGAUUGAAUCAGAAGCGGCAUAG